UUAGCCCUCUAGCGGUGAAGUUUUUUAGUCGUGGAUUUCCCUUAAAAACGUAUUUUAUACGUACUCACGUGUUUGUUUCUCCCAGAUUCUUUAUAUUAAUUCAAUUAAAAUCAAUCAAUUAAGGAAGUCAAUAUAUAAGUAAAUAUGAUGAAAAUACUCAAAUUAUAUACGAAACUGAUUCGGGAAUUAAGAAAUUUUUAUCACGAGUGGGUUAAAAUUCCUAAUAACCUUUUAUAUAAUAAUCGAAUUAGAAUAUUCAUUUUAUAUUUAAAAUAACGUAAAUUCCAAUGUAAGCAGUAUUCUUAACUUGGUAUUAUAUAUCGAUUAAAUAAUUAUUCGUCGUAAUUUCCCGUCACAAUCGUUGAAAGACGUUAAAAAUAGCUUUCUACAUUCGUUUUACUUGAAAAUUUCAAACGUAAAUCACAAAAAAUUAAACAAAAAUACGAAUCUCCUUAUAAUUCUGAAAAUGCACACGCACCGCCAUUUUGCUAAGUACAAUUAUGACCAAGAAACUUUCGUAAGAAGUAACGGAAUAAUUUAUCCGAUAAAUUAAAUAUAAUCAAUUUAUAAAUUCGGUAAGGAUUAUAAAAAUUCCCCGCAUUGAAGUGAGAGGCGCAAAGCAUGACGGGUAAGAGCCACCGCUCCGAAGAAGAAUCGUCAUAUAAAAAGGAGAGAAACGUUUAAAUGUCUUUGAGUUGUAUCUGUUAGAAACGAUAAAAGUAUCCUUAUGUAGCUUAAGGAUCCUUCUAGAUAUUUAUAGAAUGAUUGAAACGGUGUGCGCGAGUGCAAGAACGUAGAUCGAAGCAAAGAAAGAAUUGGUUCAACAGAACUUAGAGGAACUGAAAACAAUGAAUGGUAUGAGGCCUUUGCCUCCCGAUAUUCAUGUGCCUGAGAAACGAAAAAGAAAUUAUAAAUUGUUAAUAGAUCCUAUAUUAAAGAAAGGAACCGAGAAAAUAUAUAGAUACGAUGGUGUCGUACCAGGGCAAGAAUCGCUGUAUCCACCAGUGCAAAUUCGAGAUCCACGAUCAAGACUUGCAUUGCUGUGGUCCAGGACUGAGUGUGCAGAACUGCCGGUACCUAGAUUUAAGAUUGAUAAUAAUUACGUUGGAAGUCCACCCAAACUUGAAAUCACUAUAAGUAAUUUAAAUGAUAAUAUCAAUAAAGCAUUUUUAGAAGAAUUACUCAAGAAGUAUGGUACGGUAGAAGAAUCACAGAUUUUUUAUCAUCCAAAUACAAAAAAACAUUUGGGAUUAGCAAAAAUCACUUUCACAACAACUCAAGCUGCAAAGUUUUGUGUUGAAAAAUUAAAUCAUUCAUCUGUCAUGGGAAAUAUUCUUAAAGUGUUUUUUGAUCCAUUUGGAAAGGAGUGUAAUCAGUUAUAUGAAGAAAUUGUAAGUAAUCGUCCUCGUACUAAUUCUGCCAGUGAUAAUGAAAGAUGGCCUGUGGUUCAGAAUUGUGAUCCAAGAAGAAGAAGUAACUUAACAGAGAGAGAGCGUUUAAAUUAUAAUGAAUAUGGAAAUUCAAAGAGUGAAUACAUGAUGACCCAGAAAGUUGGACAUAAUGAAAUACCUAAUCAACAUGCUGCUUAUAAAGGUGACACUAUUACACCUAGCCAUUCGGACUAUGGAUAUAAUUCUGAAACGACUUAUUAUAGUGGACAUUCAGAUAGGAGCUUUUCGGUCCCUUCAGAUUAUAGUGGUUAUCAAUCUAACCAAUCAAAUCAAUCUACUCCAUUAAGUUAUGAUAGUGGAUUUUCUUAUAAACAUGGUAGUUAUUUAGUGAGUAGUCAUAUACCUCAGCAACAACCAGGAAUGCCAAGCAUGACUCAUACAAACAGAAUUUCUAAUUCAUCACGAUGGGAGAGUGUUCAUCAACAUCAGAGAACAUCAUCAUCCUUACCUACAACAUGGGAACAAAGAUCUGUAGUUCAAAGGAAUGAAAUCAAACAACAGGUUUCCUGGGAAAACAACACUUCAUCACCUUCUUGGGACUCUCAAAAAUUUAGUCAUGGUCGUCAACGUCAGCCAACACAAUCCGAUUCAUCAUCAUCCAGACAUAGUCCCUUAAGAGGAAGUUUAGAUUCCAGAAUAGAAUUGUUAUUAAAACAAACUGAGGGUAAAGGUCCUGCAUUUUUAGAUCUUGGGUCUACUCUUGGUAGCCCUGCAUUUGAUACAGAUUCUUCUACUUCAACAAGGGAGAAAAAUCUUAUGGGUCCACCUGAAGAUUUGACUUUUGCUGAAGAAGCAGCAGCAGCAGCAGCAGCAGCAGCAGCACCUUUACCUUCAGUUGAUUCAUCUCCUAUUCCUCCUCUUCCAGAGAGUGAUGAUUUACCACCUCCUCCUCCUGAAGAAGAAGAAAAUAGUAAUGAGAUACUAUCUACCCCACCAUCACCUUUUCUGAAUGCAUCUGAAUAUUUCAAAUGGGCUCAGAUAACUAGAGACAUUGACAAUGGAAAACUAACAUCACUUGAAAAUGAUGAUUUCUUAUAUGAACCUGAAAGAAAUGAUGAUUCUGACUUAAAAUCAUCAUUGAAUUUAUUAAAGCUAUCAGAAAUACAAUUUAAACAUGUGUCUGAAAUUGAUAAUGAGGAUGAAAAGAAAACAACAGAUUCUGAACUGAAUAAUAAUGAUCAUAUACAGAAUUGCUCCCAAAAUGAUAAAGAAUCUACUCCAGUUAGAGAUGAACCUCCAGAGCCUCCGACAGAAGCAAAUGAAACAGUUGAGGACAAAAAUGAAGAUAAUGAUAAUGUCGAUGAUGAUGAUGACAGAAUGUCUUUAUCUUCUCUGAGUAGUGGUGGUGAAAAACUUGAAGUAAAUGAAAUGCCUCUGCCACAAUGUAUUUCUCAUCAAUCUACUCAAGAAAAUUUAGUGUACAGACAACCUCCCAUUGCUGGUUCAAACUAUGUACCAAUGUAUCCUGUUCCAGAGCAUGGCUAUGCACCAGGUACUAUUAAUACAGCAUUACCAUCAACCAGCAUGGCUUCACCAUAUUUAAAUGCAACCUCUUCACAUGUUGCACCUCAUCCUACUUAUAUGAAUCAUCCAAUGUAUCCAAGUGAACAUGUAAAAUUAAUGGCAAGAAUGGGUAUUUGGAAACCAGGAAUGGGAUCAGGUGUUUAUGAAUCCUAUUAUGGAAGUUAUCCUCCUCCAGGUUACAGAGAUUCUAUACAUUCUAGAAAUUAUUCAAUUCCUCCACCACCAUAUGCUCCAGGGCAAGAUUCUAGAAUAGCAGCCAUGUCUAGAGGAAUGGGACCAUAUCCUCCUGGAUCUAAUUUAUAUAUGUAUAUGCGAGAUCAAACUAACUAUAAUACAGUGCCUACACAGCAAAAUUCUAUCAGUAACUAUUACAGCAAUAACUAUUGGUCCACCACAGCCAUGCAUCCACAACAACCAUAUCAUCAUCGCCCUUGGCAUCAAGAGCAGUCCAUCAAAGAAGAUCCUCACAUGCCUACUGUUCGAGGUGUUUUGAAUACUGUUGUAUCUGAAUUAAAGGAAAUAAUGAAGAGGGAUUUAUGUAAAAAAAUUGUAGAAAAUUCUGCAUUUAAAAGUUUUGAACAGUGGUGGGAUGAGCAAGAAAGAGAAUCCAAGGAGUGUAAUCAGUUAUAUGAAGAAAUUGUAAGUAAUCGUCCUCGUACUAAUUCUGCCAGUGAUAAUGAAAGAUGGCCUGUGGUUCAGAAUUGUGAUCCAAGAAGAAGAAGUAACUUAACAGAGAGAGAGCGUUUAAAUUAUAAUGAAUAUGGAAAUUCAAAGAGUGAAUACAUGAUGACCCAGAAAGUUGGACAUAAUGAAAUACCUAAUCAACAUGCUGCUUAUAAAGGUGACACUAUUACACCUAGCCAUUCGGACUAUGGAUAUAAUUCUGAAACGACUUAUUAUAGUGGACAUUCAGAUAGGAGCUUUUCGGUCCCUUCAGAUUAUAGUGGUUAUCAAUCUAACCAAUCAAAUCAAUCUACUCCAUUAAGUUAUGAUAGUGGAUUUUCUUAUAAACAUGGUAGUUAUUUAGUGAGUAGUCAUAUACCUCAGCAACAACCAGGAAUGCCAAGCAUGACUCAUACAAACAGAAUUUCUAAUUCAUCACGAUGGGAGAGUGUUCAUCAACAUCAGAGAACAUCAUCAUCCUUACCUACAACAUGGGAACAAAGAUCUGUAGUUCAAAGGAAUGAAAUCAAACAACAGGUUUCCUGGGAAAACAACACUUCAUCACCUUCUUGGGACUCUCAAAAAUUUAGUCAUGGUCGUCAACGUCAGCCAACACAAUCCGAUUCAUCAUCAUCCAGACAUAGUCCCUUAAGAGGAAGUUUAGAUUCCAGAAUAGAAUUGUUAUUAAAACAAACUGAGGGUAAAGGUCCUGCAUUUUUAGAUCUUGGGUCUACUCUUGGUAGCCCUGCAUUUGAUACAGAUUCUUCUACUUCAACAAGGGAGAAAAAUCUUAUGGGUCCACCUGAAGAUUUGACUUUUGCUGAAGAAGCAGCAGCAGCAGCAGCAGCAGCAGCAGCACCUUUACCUUCAGUUGAUUCAUCUCCUAUUCCUCCUCUUCCAGAGAGUGAUGAUUUACCACCUCCUCCUCCUGAAGAAGAAGAAAAUAGUAAUGAGAUACUAUCUACCCCACCAUCACCUUUUCUGAAUGCAUCUGAAUAUUUCAAAUGGGCUCAGAUAACUAGAGACAUUGACAAUGGAAAACUAACAUCACUUGAAAAUGAUGAUUUCUUAUAUGAACCUGAAAGAAAUGAUGAUUCUGACUUAAAAUCAUCAUUGAAUUUAUUAAAGCUAUCAGAAAUACAAUUUAAACAUGUGUCUGAAAUUGAUAAUGAGGAUGAAAAGAAAACAACAGAUUCUGAACUGAAUAAUAAUGAUCAUAUACAGAAUUGCUCCCAAAAUGAUAAAGAAUCUACUCCAGUUAGAGAUGAACCUCCAGAGCCUCCGACAGAAGCAAAUGAAACAGUUGAGGACAAAAAUGAAGAUAAUGAUAAUGUCGAUGAUGAUGAUGACAGAAUGUCUUUAUCUUCUCUGAGUAGUGGUGGUGAAAAACUUGAAGUAAAUGAAAUGCCUCUGCCACAAUGUAUUUCUCAUCAAUCUACUCAAGAAAAUUUAGUGUACAGACAACCUCCCAUUGCUGGUUCAAACUAUGUACCAAUGUAUCCUGUUCCAGAGCAUGGCUAUGCACCAGGUACUAUUAAUACAGCAUUACCAUCAACCAGCAUGGCUUCACCAUAUUUAAAUGCAACCUCUUCACAUGUUGCACCUCAUCCUACUUAUAUGAAUCAUCCAAUGUAUCCAAGUGAACAUGUAAAAUUAAUGGCAAGAAUGGGUAUUUGGAAACCAGGAAUGGGAUCAGGUGUUUAUGAAUCCUAUUAUGGAAGUUAUCCUCCUCCAGGUUACAGAGAUUCUAUACAUUCUAGAAAUUAUUCAAUUCCUCCACCACCAUAUGCUCCAGGGCAAGAUUCUAGAAUAGCAGCCAUGUCUAGAGGAAUGGGACCAUAUCCUCCUGGAUCUAAUUUAUAUAUGUAUAUGCGAGAUCAAACUAACUAUAAUACAGUGCCUACACAGCAAAAUUCUAUCAGUAACUAUUACAGCAAUAACUAUUGGUCCACCACAGCCAUGCAUCCACAACAACCAUAUCAUCAUCGCCCUUGGCAUCAAGAGCAGUCCAUCAAAGAAGAUCCUCACAUGCCUACUGUUCGAGGUGUUUUGAAUACUGUUGUAUCUGAAUUAAAGGAAAUAAUGAAGAGGGAUUUAUGUAAAAAAAUUGUAGAAAAUUCUGCAUUUAAAAGUUUUGAACAGUGGUGGGAUGAGCAAGAAAGAGAAUCCAAGAACAAAUCUUCAGAAGGCAUGAAUAAUCAGGAAAAAACUAAUUCUGGAGAGAAGAGCAAAACCGAAUUUACUCCACUGUGUAGUUUAUUCGAUAGUUCUCGUUCUGAUCUUGGUCUCGGGUACGGAUUAGACAGCAUGGGAUUUGGAUUAGGAUUACGAGCCGUAAUACCCAAAAUGCCUUCAUUCAGAGUUAAAAGGAAACCACCAUCUCCACCUCCUAUGGAUGAAGAUGAUAGCAAGAGAGAUUUUGAUUCAGAUAAUGAUAUGGAUAAACUGUACGAUUCAGAAACUGAGAGCCCUAUGAGACAAAAUUCAUUUCAAACAAUGCAAUCUACAGAAGAAGAGCCAAGUACUCAAGAAAGUGAUAGUGAUAGAAUCUCGGAAGGCGAAUCUAGUUCGGAUGAAAGUUCUGACGAAGAGAGCUCUUCUGCUGCUUCAGAAUCUGAAUCUGAAAUAGAAGAAAGCGAGGAGGAAUCUGAAUCGGAAGAUGAGAAAACGGAGGAUUCGCAAAUUGAGACGGAAAUGUUAAGUGAUUUAGAUUCUACAAAGGACACCGAAAUGGCACCUAUUUCUGAAAUUGAUGCAAAGAAAGAAAAGUCUAUAAGCGAAAGUGUUACUGAAGAUAAGAAGACAACUGAUUCUGUUGAAGAGCAAUCAGUGAUAUCUAACAAAAUUAAAGAUGCUGUGUUUGAAAAAGUAAAAAUUAAAACAGAAGUUUUUGAUGAUAAUGCUGCAGACGUUGAAAUGUCCAAAAAGAAGACGUCCGAGUUGAUGAAUGAAACUGAGAAACAGAUGCUAUCAAAAGAAGAAUCCAGAAGCUUAGAAAAUGAUGCCACUGAGGCAUUAUUGGCAUUGGCGGCAGGCUUUAACAGUUUUACAGAUAACCAUGCUUUUGAAGACAAACAAAAGAUUGAAAGAGCUAAAAAUGACUAUGUAAAAUCAGAAAUAACUUGGAAAGAAGAACUGGUUAAUGGUGAAAUGGAUGUUAGUGUUAGCACACUUCCCGAGCAAGAGUUACCGUGCGUGACAUCGAAGGUGGAGGAAGUUUCUACUGUCAGUAUGGAUGUCGAUGUGGCACAAGAGGUUCCAACAGAAGUUCCAGAACAUCACAUAGUUCUGGAUCACUCGUACUGUAUUCCAUCAUCUGUGAAAUUAGCAGACGUGAAUAAGUUAGAUUCAAAUGUCGAUUCGGUCAUCGAAUCUGUAAUAAGAGGACCUCCCGUAAUGUUAGAUCAUGAAUAUAUUCGAACUAGAUUACCCUCUCCUGAACCGAAAUCCAAACAGAAGAAACCUUCCAAAUCUCGCAGGACAAAACUUAAACCCAUAGUUCAGGAAAUAGAAGAACCUGAGACUAAAGUUGUAUUCCAAAAGAGGGAAGUUUUAGAAGAAAUGAAUAUUCUGUAUGAAUUUCUUAAAACGGGAAUAGAUGCAGAAGAUGUGCAGCAUCUAAAAAGAAGUUAUGAUGCAAUGCUACAAGACGAUAUUCAGUUAUACUGGUUAAAUGAUACCCAUUGGGUUGACCAUCCUCCAACUAAUGUUCCUCUUCCACCUAAGAAGAAGAAGAAAGACGAGUACAGUCGGAUACAUGCAACGGGUUGUGCACGCACAGAAGGUUACUAUAAAAUGGAUAUGCACGAGAAAGCGCAUCACAAAGAACAAGUUGCUAGUACAAUUUUAGAAUCGAUCGAAAUAGAAUUGGAUCCCACAAGCAAAGCUAGAAUUGCCGCACAGGCUACAAGAGAAGCACGAUCGAAUCAGAGAAGGUUGCUGACGUCUCUCGGCGAGAGCGAUUUCACAAGUGACCUCUUAAAAUUUAAUCAGCUCAAGUUUCGAAAGAAGCAAUUGAAAUUUGCCAGGAGUAGAAUCCACGAUUGGGGUCUGUUUGCGUUAGAACCCAUAGCGGCCGAUGAAAUGGUAAUCGAAUACGUGGGCCAGAUGAUACGUCCGAUCGUGGCCGAUCUGAGAGAGACCAAGUACACAGAACUGGGAAUCGGAAGUUCGUAUCUGUUCAGGGUCGAUUCCGAAACGAUCAUCGACGCGACGAGAUGUGGAAAUCUGGCCAGAUUCAUCAACCACAGUUGUAACCCCAACUGUUAUGCAAAGGUUAUUACCGUAGAGGGACAAAAGAAAAUUGUUAUCUAUUCCAAACAAGCGAUCAACGUCAAUGAAGAAAUCACUUACGAUUACAAAUUCCCCAUCGAAGACGAAAAGAUACCGUGUCUGUGUGGUGCUCCGCAGUGUCGUGGUUAUCUGAACUAAAAUUCUGCGAAUACCAUUUCAAACAAAUUGCAUUUUAUGAUUUGUGCAUUAAUAUUGCCAUGUGAUUGUGAAUAGUUUUUUCUAGGAAUUUGAACCCAGUUCAUCACGUUAUGUUAAGUAAAAAAGAAAAAAAAUUGUAAAUAACGGUAAAUAAUAUGUACAUAAUAUAAAAAAAUCUCUCCUGCCUAAGUGUCGUUGCCGUGUCUCAUUUUAGCUUCUCGUUCAAAUAUAUUGGUGCUGGUGUCGAAAUGCCGUGGUGUCUUCUGUUUUUCUCGUACGUUCUGCAAAAUUAUUUACCGGCGAAAUGUCAUUUAGAGAUUUAAAACAGCAUCAUCGUAUCCAAAUUGUGUUUUAUAUAAAAAAACAAAAAUACUGAUUAACGUUUAGAAAUCAGUAAAUUCUUCCUAUAAUAGGAUGAAAUGUACAGAAUAUUGAGUUUAUCUCCCCCAGAAAACAAUAAAAAGAAGAUGGCUUAAACAGAUCGAAAAGAACGGAAAAUAUUCAUAAUUUCAUCUGUAAAUAUUCAUUAUAUAUGUGUUAAAUGCAGAGAAUAAAUCUCAAUUUUAUCUGAGAAAUUUUGAAUGUGUGGAUAGCGAUCGAACUGGCAACUUUUUGGUCGGUUCUUUAAUUUUGUAUAAUGUUGAGGAGUCAUUAAACAUUAUGGUUUUUAACCAUUGCAGUUUGAUUAUGUUGUUUUUCGAAUGGAAAUCGUCGUCCAGACUAAUAUUUUAAUUUCGUAAAAGAUACUCCCAUGUGAUUUUGAAAGUAAUGUCAUGUGAUGAAUGUAAAAUGUCAAUAAACGUUGAGUGCUACCUAUGUAAUUGCCUACAUAGUAGCAAGUUUUACACAGACAUUUAUUUUAUUUUUUUUCUACAUGUUAAGUUAAAGUACAAAAUGAUACAAAAAAUGCACAUUGUUUUAUUAUAUAAUUACUUCA